UCUGCCAUGGAGGGCUGCGCGUUUGAGGCGCUGCACGCACCAACCGUUUGAAGAACCAUGUCAGCUCCUCUUCUGACCUGAACCCGGGACACCUUUCGCUUUUCAUCUCCUCCUGCCUCCCAGAGACACCUGCCAGUAAAACAUGCCCGGCGCGACUCCGUCCUGCGUGGAUGUUUGCCUCUCGAGCGGCGCGGUGGAUCCACGCGGGGACUUGCUCCAGUUUUCUUUUGCUUUCUGACAGAAAGUCAUGAAUUCCUCCUGAGAGCGGCAGCUUUAUGGACUCGCGCUUGGCUAAAUGAUGUCUAUGGGUUUCAUGCCCGACAGUCUGAACGGCUCCGAUCCCUCCAAGUCGGCCUUCCUGGAGUUCGGCCACGGACACCCGGCGCACCAGCAGCACUCCCCGGGACUCUCGCACAUUUACCCCGUCCAUGGCCUCCACGCCGCGGGACAUUCCCAGCACGAAAGUCCCUUUCCUGGCAACGCGUCCUACGGCCCCCCGCUGGGAUACGCCUACCCGGGCACGGUGAACGCUCACCCGCCAUCCGCCUACAUGACCUCCUACCAGCACAGCGGCCACAGCGGCGGCGGCGGCCUGAGCCACAGACUAGAGAGAACAGAUCCCAACAAAUCCGGGAUGACAGAGAACCGGGACGUCCGUCUGGUGAACGGCAAGGGCAAAAAGAUGCGGAAGCCUCGGACCAUCUACUCCAGCCUGCAGCUGCAGGCUCUGCACCAGCGCUUCCAGCAGACCCAGUAUCUGGCUCUGCCCGAGCGCGCAGACCUGGCCGCCAAGCUGGGCCUCACGCAGACUCAGGUGAAAAUAUGGUUUCAGAAUAAGCGCUCCAAGUACAAGAAGAUCAUGAAACACGGCGGCGGCUCAGAGGGGGAGCACCUCCACAGCUCCAGCUCCAUCUCGCCCUGCUCCCCGGCCUUACCCCAGCUCUGGGAGGUCUCCAUGGCGACCAAAGCAGCCCCCAUGCACCCCAACAAUUACAUGAACAGCUUUGGCCACUGGUACCCGAACCACCACCACCAUCCUCACCAGGACGCCGUGCAGAGGCCGCAGCUGAUGUGAAGGGAACGGACCGCCAGCGGCCGACAUGAACUCAUUUGUCCUGAGGAUGAACUUUACGGCGGCUCGUGCAUUUUGACUUCAGUUUUUGCUGCCAAAUUCCAAUUUAUGCAGCAAAAUAUAUAUACAUAUAUAUAUAUACAUAUAUGUGUGUGUGUGUUUUCAAGCGUCAUCCUGCGCGGCCUCACAGCCUUAGAAUGUGGACUUUGUGUUUGAAGCUGAACUAGACACUGCAUAAAGGAACCAUCG